UUCAAACGGGACGGCGGGUACGAGGCUCACGGCGACGCACGUUUACAACAAAGCUUCUCUUUCUUUUGAAUUAUAAACAAGGUAAAAAUAAAACAUGACCAGCACGUUGAAAGGAAUCACUCUCAAAGGAAGUGCCGAGCUAGUGGCGGAGUUUUUCUCCUUCGGCAUCAACAGCAUCCUCUACCAGCGGGGUAUUUACCCCCCGGAGACGUUCUCCAGGGUCACCCACUACGACAUGAGCCUGCAACUCACCACCGACCUCAAGCUGAAGAACUACCUCACCAAUGUAGUGGCUCAGAUGAAAGAGUGGCUGUUUGAGUGCACGGUGCAGAAGCUGGUGCUGGUCAUCACGUGUCUGGAGACCAACGAGGUGCUGGAGAGAUGGCAGUUCGACAUCGAGUGUGACAAGUCGGCCAAGGAGAGCAGCGCUCCCAGAGAGAAGUCCAUCAAGACCAUCCAGGACGAGAUCCGCUCCGUCAUCAGGCAGAUCACGGCCACAGUGACGUUCCUGCCGCUGCUGGACACGCCCUGUGCGUUCGACCUCCUGGUCUACACCGAUAAAGACCUGGAGGUCCCAGACAAGUGGGAGGAGUCGGGGCCUCAGAUCAUCAACCAAUCAGAGGAGGUGCGGCUGCGCUCCUUCACCACCUCCAUCCACAAGGUGAACAGCAUGGUGGCGUACAAGAGGAGCGACUCUCUCUGAGCCCGGGCUGAACCAGGACCGGCUCCUUCCUCACCUUUCCUCCUCUCUGAUCCGGCCGCUCGUGUAAAUAUUUAUCUCGCGUUCGUCUGUUUGAAUCAACUGUCUUUUCUCUGCUGUCCUCGUUUCUCCCAAGAUGCCGGCCUCUGUUUUAGAAGAUAGUGAUUUAUAUGUUCAAUCGUUUUAAAGACCAAUAAAGUUCCUUUUGCUUUCCCCCUA